GUGAUCAAACUUAAGGAAGAGCUAGUCCGUACUCGCGAGGAAUGCUUUUCGUCCGAAAAUGCCAACAAAGACCAUUCAGUUAAGCUAAGCGAGCGCCUACAAAUGAUGACGAACCGUUAUCAAAAUUUAGAACGUCGACGCCAACUGGAGCUGCAGGGUUACCGAACUGACAUUGCAACAUUGAAGAAGAAACUGGAGGAAGUGGAAAAACAACUACAAAAGGUCACCCUGGGUUCCACCGAGGCUGUUAAUGCCCCGGGCCUACGCGGCGAUGUCGACAUCGCCAUCCUGAAGCAAGUGAAGUCAUCCACCCUUAAAACAACACAACUGAUGAAUGAACUGAAAAACUUGAAACUCAUGAUGUACAGAAUCGAAGAUGACAUGCGCAAAAUUUGACUUAUGAACCUGAAAGCUCUGCUCCAGUCUUUCCUCUCUUUUGGUCGAUUGCUAUUGGCACUUGUGUGCAACCAGCUUUCCUUCGCAUAACCUUUACUCAGCCCUUUCCGCCCGGUUACCCAUGUUGAUCCUUCACACUGUGAUGCGUUUGCGCGCUUUUUUUACAGUUUCCUGAUGACUUGCUCACUACUGUGCCUUUUGUACACGAUGAGGACAAUCCACUUGUUAUCCCCCACCAUUUAAUACUGUAUGAGUAUUCUCUGGUUCUGGGCUAUCGCUCCUUGCCAAUUAUCCGUGUACGCUGUAGAUCCAUGAGACCGAUAAGACAGUGUCUACACAAUUG